CGUAUUAAGCAAAAGUUUGGAGAAUAUAAUUAAAAUGGCCAUCACUAGGAAAAAUUUAGUGGCAUUUUGUUUUACAAUCCUCUUCAUCAUAUCUUCUAUUCAUUGUCUUCCUACAACUGCUAGAAGUCCUGGUUAUGAAAUAGGGCCUCAGAGGCGUCGGAGAGUCACAUGCUUCAGCUUUUCUUUUUGUAAACCCGCAAGAGGGUUAGCAAGCUGUGAUCUUUUUUGUAAAAGACUAAAGUUCGAGAGUGGCUUGUGUACUGGUGAUUUAGAGAAAUGUUGCUGUAUUGACUAUAUAAACUAACUAGAGUAACUAGUACGGGUCUAAUUAAGAUGAAUUAUCUCAUCAAAUGUAUUGGUAUCUGCUAAAAAUAAUAAAUCAAUAUUUUCAUUAU